AUGCCGCCUUGCGCAUUGAUUCCGACCCUUCCCAUGGUCAUCUAUGGCAAGCGUGCCAUCUUCGUCGCAGUGAAUUUCGUUUUGACAGGCUCCCACCACAACAACGACAUGACGAUGGCCGCAAUGGACAUAUUGUGUGCCAAAACUGCAGCCUUGUCGGGAACGGAGUACAUGACAAGGCACCAACUGUUAGCCGACGAAAUUGGCCAUGCAAGUUACUAUUUGCAAAGCUGCUCUAGUUUGAGGAGCGCUCACAUCCUGGCCAGGAACAAUGUUUGGGCCCUGAAAAUCUACCAUGGCAUGGGGACAGCGCAUCAAAGGUGGGACACCGCCAGUCUGGUUCUAACAGCCCGAGACAUGGCCCUUCUUGCAACAUUCUUGCAAGUCUUGGUGAAGGAAAGUGCUCCCAACCAGGCCGUUCAGUUCUUAGCCCAGACCAAUGAUAUCACAGCUCAUGAGGAACUCAGCAAGCAGAUGGAUGAUCCGCUAGAAUGGACUCAGCUCGACGAAGGUGUGGUCGUCGCGUACAUGGUUCCUCCAGACGACCAUCAGGACUGA